GAUUUGAGCGUGAAUCAUGAUGGGCUGGAGCAGAUGCACCCUCUCCUGUCUGCAAUUCUUCUGCAUCGUUCAGGUGGUUAGUGCUGGCUAUGCGUCUUUGCGAUCCAAUCAUCAUGGCACCGACCAAGAUACCACCAUUGCGGUCAAACAAGCUCUGCGCGCAGUGGGAGGCACAACCUACAAAACCAAUGAGACAGUCUUGACGAAGAGCUUGGUUGAUACCACUCUUUUCUCCAUCGGAGCCAGUAACGAUGACUCCAGCGCAUCGAAGCAAGGAUCCCUGGAUCUCAGCGCAGGCCUCGCGGUCAUCUGCACGUCUUGCUACAUCAACGGCUCGGUCAGCGGCUUCCUGACCGUGGAGGAAAAUUUGAAUGUCACCAACAUCGUGGAAAGCAUCACAGACGAGCUCGCAAAUGUGACAAAUGCAGCGAUUGACCGACUCAAGACCUUCGCGCACGACGCAGCGGAGGAUUUCAUCGAUGGUGUGACUCACUUUGAACUGGUCGACAUGCCCGCCUGGCCAACUCUGGAUCUCGACUUUACUCUGAACACAACCCAGGACUUUCCUGGCGUUCAUGCGGAGUUCGAAUUUGACAACCUGGAGCUGUACCUGGAACUGGAUGUGCAGCUGUCGGCCGGUGGAACGUACACGUUGAAUCUAUUUACCUCCGAGACUAUGUUGGGCUUCUCGAUCCCGGGACUCGACGCGGGCGCGCUGUUCAAAGUCUCGCUUGUGCUGGUUGCGGAGGCGGAAGUUGAUAUCAGCAGUGGGAUCCACAUCAAGUUGGAUGAUGGGCUGGUGCUUGCGCUUGAUCUGUUCAACAAGGGGAUGUCGGACAUUACACUUCCCGGAGGAAAAGUGGAAUUCCUGCCGAUUACUAUUCAGGGCUACGGAAGCCUCCAGGCCCUCUUACAGCUCGAAGCCAGCGUGGGAUUCGACGUCGCGCCCGCGGAGUCGCUCUCCGUGCUUGAAGCCGUCAAGUUUAGUGCGGGGAUCGGCGCGGAGGUCUUCGCCUACGUGGCCGAUUUCCAACUGGAGGUCAAUGGCACGACUAGCAAGGAUGCCGACUGCGCAUUCCAAGCGGUGGCCGAAUAUACCCUCGCGGUGGGCGCUGCGGCCGGAGCGACAGUCGCGGUGGAUACGUAUCAAUGGGGGCCCUCGCCCAACACCACCGUGCCGGUCUUCUACACCACCCUCGCCAGUCUCUGUGCGGGCAGCAAAACCACGACGGCCUCAUCGGCGAUCACUCCGCCGGCGACGCUCGCGCCGCGCGACGUGGGUCUUGAGACCACGACGCUCUCCACGGUGACACGGUAUACUGUCGUGCAAUGCGCGUCCAGCGGUCUCGUCAACUGCCCGGUCGCGCUCCAGACGACCACGUCGAUUGAGACAGAGUUGACCACGGUUCUGACCGUGGCGUCCGGGGCAACAGCUACGUUCCCAAUGAACACAUUCGCUUCGUUGGCGAGUGCCAGUCCCUUUGGAUCGGGCGCGCGCACGCUGCUCGCGACCUCCGGAAGCCCGGUGUCUUAUGUCCCUCCACCGACCACGACCGCAUCGGCUAGCAGUUCUGCGAGUGGUAGCAAUAGCACGACGACUCACAAGCACCACCUCAACAAUAACAAAUUGAUCAUCGGGCUGAGCGUAGGACUGGGGGUGCCGGCAAUCGUGGCAUUGAGCGUUGCGUUAUGGUGGUUCCUGCGCGAUCGCGUGCGAUAUGCGAUUGUACCGCAACCUGAGAUGACACUGGAUCCCUCAGAGCUAGGAAAGGGACCAAGAGAGCCGGGGACUACUGAGGUCGUUGAAUGAGAGGAAUGCACCACGUACAUAUGAAUGUCGUUGCAUGCCGACGAAGAAUCGUGACCACGAAGUGGAAACUCGUGCCAGAAGGCAGCUUAUUCAACGGAUCGCCUGUGGGAGUAAAUGCGAUUUGCCCCGUUGGCAUUUAUCAUCAGAAUUUCCAACCGUGGAAGCGAGUUGAGCAAGACGGCAAUAGAAAGUUAAGGGAGAAAGUGGUUGUUGACGAAUGGAUCGUAGAAGAGUUGCGACUUGCUCCUUCUUCGCCCGCGGUCAGCUGAUUCCGCGCCCCGUGGCUGCCCCAAGCAUGACUCGACACCAUAUGCCCAACUUAGCUAACCAUGAAGGUAAUCAUGGACAAGGAAACUGCACACAUCGGGAAUGCUUUUUAUGAUUGAUUGAUGUUCUAUUAAGUGGUGUCUGGAUAUAAAUUUCCUUGAAGGGCGAGGCGUAUACCUUAC